AUGCCAACAAUUCCAUCUCUGACCGGCUUGGCAGCUGAGAAAGUUGGCGAACUUGUGGACAACGGUUAGUCUACACAUUUUUCAUUCAUUUUUUUCCACACAAUUCCAGACGAACUCCCAAUUAGCAGCGCCAUCAAACUUUCCAACAAAGCGAGCAAUCAAGUGCUCGCGAUCCUCUACGAUAAUUGUGGGGAUCUGAACGAGCGCACGUGGAAGACGAUCUAUCUGAGCGGAAUUUUUGCGCCGAGCGUGCUCGACCUCAGCGGAGUGCCCAUCGGAUGGAGCGAUUUAGCGGCGCGCCAGAACGGAACGUACACUCGAUUCAAGUUGGGCCACAGGCAUUGGACGGAAAAAGAAGAAGACGUGGUCUCGGAGGCGGCGCUCUUGUUCAGGGUGCUCAACGAGACGUCGUGGGACCAUCUGACGAGCCUGGAUUGGAGCGGACGGCGUCGGCUCAAGUGGUACUCCGCCGCGACGGUAUGGUUUUGUGUGCUGACCUAGUUUUGAGAAGUUUCACCUUGUUUUGAUAGAUUUGACUCACUUUCCGCUAAUCUACAUAGUUUUCACCUAUCGUAACUUCAUUUGCCCCAUUUUACCUCGUUUCUCCUCGUUUCAAUCACAAUAUAUUCCAGAUGUUGAGCUCGUUUCCGAGUUUGACGACGCUCAACGUGGCCAAUCAACAAGUUCCGAGCCGUGCCCUAACCAAAAUCGCCUCCCACUGCCCGCAACUGAAACACCUAAACAUUUCGGAGACUGGCAUCCAGCACAUCGGGCCACUGGAAGCACUGGAGCAUUUGGAAGUGCUCAUAAUGCACACCUUGGACGUUAAAAGUGGAGUCGAAGCGCUGCAAAGUCUCCGAAAGUUGCGAGUGCUGGAUGUGUCGGCCAGUAAACUUGCGUAAGUGAGGCCAACUGAACAUUGUGUUGAUUUCGCGUUUCAGACACACAAUCCCGGCUAUGUUUGUCGCUGAGCAGUCCAGAAACGGACCUUCUCCGUGGCCCGAGCUCCGGUCCAUCGACAUUAGCGGCCUGGAAUUGCCCUCGGAGGCGGUGCGCGCUAUCAUGCGAGCCCAUCCGAAGCUCGGCGAGAUCCUCACAAUCUUCGACGCUGCUUCCGUGGAACAGCGGCCCGGGCUCAAAGUGCUCAAUAAAAUUGACCUUCUGAAGCGCUACCUGGCGUUGGAUCGUCCGGCGUUUCUGUUGACGAUCCUAGAGUCGAUGAGAAAUACCAUUGAACUUAUGGGACCUGAGGACCGUUACGAAUUGUUCAAGAUCUGUAUGAAGGUGUCGAAAAAGUUUGCAAGUGGGGACGAUGAUUUCCUCGAUAUCUCAAUUCGUCUCACUGUAAUACUAUGGCCCUAUGUCGCCCGCACACUCUCGGAUGUCGAACUUCACAGGACCGUCGGCAUGCUGCUGGACGUUGCGGAGCGAUUCAUAUCUGACUACACCGUUCUCUAUCCGAUUUGGACGGUUAUGGUCUACUAUCGUCUUUUGGAGACGUACGGGAAUCCGGUUCAAGUUGAACGCCUCGCGUUGGCGAUUUUGCUCAAAAAAAAUCUGUAUGGUCGAUUGUUGAAUGGUGGAACGAUGGUGGAAUGGUGGUAUGGUGGAUGGUGGACGGAAGGAAAGGUCGCUGCGCUUGAAAUCGUGCACAAGAUGUGUCAGCAGCAACCAGAUCAGUUGGAUUUCGAUGAGAGAGACUUGAUGAACAUGCUCGCGGAUAUGGAUAAGUACCUAGGUGAGCCCACUCGUUUUCCAUCUAGUUGACCAAGUUUUUAACGGUUCGACAACGAGUUCCACUAGUUUCUUUCCUUUUUUUGCAGGUUUACCCGGCUCCGAAAUUGUUAGAUGCUAUCUGCACCUGUUUGAAACCUUCGCGAACACCUACACCCACCUACGGGACCGUUUGGCGCGUGACGGAUUGCUCUUUCUUCAGAACGUGCAGUAUCGGAUGUAUAUGUACCCAGAAUGCCGACAACUUGCUCUUCGUCUGAUGCUCAAACUGAUCACGUAUCGAUGUGAAGUGCAGGACGACGGAGUGAUCAUGACUGAUGAGCUUCACCAUGAACUCGCGUGAGUUUUUUCGUCGUGCAACUUCUGCGCACACCUUUAGUACCUGUCAAGCAAAAGUCUGGCGAUAGUUGCUGAAGAUCUGCUCAAAAGUUCCGAGUUUAGAGGUUCUAUUUAGAAUUUCAGCCAUGUUAUGAUCCACGACAUGUACAACGACGAUGGACUCACCCUUUCCUACCUGUCCGUGCACACUCUGCUCGCGACGUUCGAACGUCCGAACAUGUGGGAAUCGCCCGACUCCAUCAGAACCACCGAUCAGCAUAUCAUCGGUCUCCUCACCAACUACCCGGACAUCGACCAAAUGGACAACUUCUCCGAUGAGCAUAUGAGGUGUCUGGAGCGGUACUUGGAGGAGAGAAACUUCGGCUCUCGUGUCAUGUUCGCCCUGUGGAAUGUGUUGAUGGAAUUGAAGACGGUGCCGAGCUUCAACGACAGGUACGAGGCGUCGAGAGUGAAGCAGUUGGUCGAGGAGAUCGCCCGCGGAAUCAUCGAGUUGGAAGGAUCCGAAAAGAUUGUCAAGAUGGCCCAGAGUAUCGUGACGUUUCGCGAUUCCAAUCCUUCAACUUACCCCUCUUCAAUCUAA